AUGCGAUUGGGUCGGGGAACCGUUGCGGCCCAUCAUGGCGGCAAAGGCGGCGGUUGCAAGUCUGCUCCGCAGGUCGACUCGAUCGUCAUGAUUCGUGUGUGCUUGGACAGCUAUGGACGGCCCCACUCUGUGUCAGCUGGCUAACACACCAACGUCACCAAGCAGAACCGCUUUGGUGGAUCUCGACGUCGCCACCCCAGUCGUUCACGCACCAACGCCCUUCGUGCCGGCGUUUCUGUGUCCAUGCCGCACACUCGCACGUCCACAGCGUAGCGUCGGGUCGUUGCAUUUGUGUCGCUUGCAGUGCCGACAAAACAACUCGUCGAGUCUCUUUGAGCUGUGCUGUGCGUACGCCCAUCGCAACUGCGAGCGCUGUUACGUCAGCCAUGCUCCGUUGGCAGAGUGGCACCACCACAAAUGCCGUGCGGUUGCGGACACCAGCGCACAAUGACAUUAUCGGGCCGCGCUAGAAAAGGUCCGCAGCACAACUCCAUCGUGUCCAUCCCCCGAAAUGUCCUCUGCCAUCAACCAUAGCAAGACCGGUCAACCAGGUGGCCUUUGCUGGCAUCGGAGUGUCCGCGCUCGGACAAAGCACAGGAGCGAUCAACCUGAGUGUUGGAGGCAAGCAACCCGUCGACACAAACCUGUCUCACAGCCGCGCCUCGUCGUGCACUGUCCUCGAGCAAUCGGGGGACUCCUGCACCUCACGAAGAUCUGGCAUCCGCGACCCGGAGCAGUCCAAAGUCGGUCGUGGCCUCGGACCAGCCCCUUGGGUCCCGUCCGCUGGUCGUGCGACCCACGGAACAGAUGGCAUAUGUCGACCCAACGAUCAGAUGGCGGCGAGAGUGACUCUUGGACGUGACCGCAUGCAGCGUCCGCCGAAACUCGUCGCUUCGUCAUUGUCAAAUUCGGUCGGCCGUGGCCCAUGCAGGUGUCGCUCGUGUCGCUCGUUGUGAUGGCUCUCGGUGCCGUGGGGUGGUCCGAUGUGUCUGAAACGCUCGUGAUUUCUCGCGGCAUGGCCGCGCCGGACUGCCGGCACGCGUCCGUGUUGCUCGUCAAUGGCACGUUCACGGGACCACCGAUCACUGUCUCCCAAGGCGACCGCCUCCGCCUCACAAUCGUCAACCAACUGGACGAACCGUUCUCGAUGCACUUGCAUGGCAUCAAUCAAGUCGGCACCCCGUUCUCGGACGGCGCGUCCGGUGUGACGACCAUGCCGAUGCCCCCCCGGUCCACCGCCGUGCACUCUUCCAUCAUGGCUGACCAUGGCACGUUCUUUUACCAUGCACACGUCAAGCUCCUCGACUUACACGUGUAUGGCCCACUUGUGGUCAAGGCCGCUGACGGCUACGACCCGUACGCCACUUACGAAGACCGCAUCUUGAUGUUGUCCGACUAUUGGACGGCCGACAUCGACACGUUGUACGCUGGCCUCGUCGACGCGCCAGUGUCCAAGUUUGUCGGAGCCCCUCAGGCGUUCUUAACCAACGGCAAGACGAUAGCCACCAACUGCUCGGCGCCAGACACGAGGUACGCUUCGUUGGAUGUGCAACAGGGCCAGACGUACCGCCUUCGACUGGUCGGGGCGACGUCCCUCUUCGCGGUGCAUUUCCGCAUUCCUCAGCACAAACUCAAGCUGGUGGAGCUAGAAGGCACGUAUGUCGUGCCCACGACGCUCGACUACAUCGAAGUCCUUCCUGGCCAACGCAUGUCGCUCCUGGUCACUGCUGACCAACCCGUGGACAACUACUGGAUGCAAAUGACGGGCAAGUGGCGUCUUAACCCUCCCACGAACGGAUUCUCGGUGCUGCACUACACGGGCGCGGGCGACCCACCGGCGACGCCGCCUGCGUUGUUGCCCGCGAUCAACGAAACCGUGGGAUGGCAAGAACAGUUUUCUCCGUUGGACGACCAAGCGACGACGAUUCCCCCUGCGUCGGCGCCGCCCGUUCUCGUCAACGGCACUCAAGUCGUUUGGGGCGUCAAUGGAACCCUGCGCCGAUGGGCGAUUAAUGGCAUCGUGUACGAAGAUUACCACCACUCGACGCUGCUCGAAGACGUGAUUGCCAGCACCGUGUCGUCGCGUCCGGUGGGAGCUCGUCCCAAAGCGUACUUCAAAACCGGCCAGGUUGUCGAUAUUGUGUUGCAGAACAACGUAGCUCUGAGCGGCGUGUGCGAAAUGCAUCCGUGGCACUUGCACGGCCACAGUUUCUGGGUGGUCAACAGCGGGGCGGGAAACUACGAUCCAUCGUCCGUCGCCUCGGACCGCACGAUAGCCGUCAAGCGUGACAUUGUGGCGGUCUACCCCCACCAUGCCGCAUACAACCAGCCUGGCGGUACCCCCGGGACUGGCUGCGGGUGGGCCAAGAUUCGAUUUGUCGCCAACAACGUCGGCGCGUGGGCGCUGCAUUGCCAUAUUGCGUCGCACUUUGCCAUGGGCAUGGCGGCCGCGUUCGUUGUCGGCGAAGACUCCCUCCAUGACCCGGCCUUCGUCGAACACUUGCGAUGCCAAUCUGCGGGCUACCGAUGCCAAUGCUAACGUUAAUAUACGACUGCGUCGCAGUAAACCGAA